AUGGAUUCGACUCACUCACCCUCGCUCUCCGAAACCGAUCAGCCCAGGCUCACCGAACGAAAGCGCAGUUCCAUGACAAGUGUGUCGACGCAACCGAAAAUUGAGGUCCCAGUUUGGUUCAGCGUAUUCAUUGGUAACCCUUAUCCGACAGCUCCUCGCUUCAGACAUGCUCGAUUUGAUGCCAAAAUCUCGAAGGACAUGUUCGCUUUCCAUAAUAACAACCUCAUCUCGAGCACCGAUCGGGGACAGGAAAUUUUUAACUUGCGCGCCAUUGUGUCGCUCUCACUUACAUUUACCGACGAGAUGCUCCAUUGCAUCAAGGAAAGCUGUAUUAUCUACAAUUCACGCCCGACCGAGUCGCUUGAACUCCACAGGCUUAUGUCUACGAUUGCCUCUCAUACCGAGUGUAUAAAGCGGAAGGAUGAGAUAAACUGGAGCAUCGGCAGUUUCACAAGCGAUAGGCCAUAUGUUUGCUCGCUAGCGAUGCCUAUCUGCUCAGCUGAGGGAAAGUGCCAUCGGAUUGCAACUGAAAGGGCUCAGAAGUACAUCGAAGGGAUUACCGACGGAGUCAUUCUACCACAGCCGCUUGGUAGCAAAAUAACUACCCAGAGUAUCGAAGAAAAGAGCGACCAGCCGUUUGAAUCCCGCACCCAAUCGAGCGACAGCGUGAGACCCAACCAAAAUGUCGAAUUAAUAAUGGCUUCGCCUGAAUUUUCGCCUCCCGAUAGCCCCCUCAAGGAAGGUCUUCACAAUAUCGGAACUACCGUGUUUGUUGGAAGACCAAGCUUCCAGAUGCAGCAAUUGACUACUGCCGUGUUUCCGGAUAUUACGAGCAAGACCUCCUUCACCGUGUCCAACUUCGGUGCGCAGUGUGUCCCAAUGCGAAAGCUGAUUAUGAAAUUUUGUCGCUUUGUCAACGGCACGUGGAAAUACUCGGAGAUGAACGCUGCCUUAGGACUUGACAGUGAUGCUCAUACUUUCGAACUCGGCGUCCCAAUCUGCGAGACAAAGGGUAUUUGUGAGCAGUUCGCGCGGGUUUCUGCCCGGGAGUUUCUUAAGCUACUGGCGCCGUCUGGACUCUCUCUUCCUUUCCCCGAACCUGCCCAGAGCUUGGUAGAAAAGAUCGCCCCUGAAUUUCUCAUAUGGGGAAGCCAAGAAAAUAAUGAUCAUCCAGCACAUUGCAAUUUGAGCGUCAAUAAUCUACGACUUUGGUAUGAGAUGUGCUACUUGAAUCAUGGAGUCAAGCGCGAGUCUUGCGAAGAACCUGGGCAGCACGAAGAAGAGAAUCAAGUGGAAGUCGGAACGGAGAAGAGUGAGAACGAUGACUCGAUGGUCUGGGUUUUCGAUCUGGCAUACCAUUCCCAUCCAUUGGAUGAAAACGAAGAGAUCAUGGAGGCGAAGAAUUUAGAUCCAGUAAUUGCGGAAUACAGAAACAAGGAAAUAUUUCAGCCACUCUUGACCUUGGACUUCUGGCUGUUAUAUGAGGCCAUUGGCAGCCGGGGUAUCAUUGAAGACACUCAGAUUUCGGAAGGUGAAGGCGACUAUGACGAUGGAUAUGAAUGCGCAAACGAAAGAGAAUUCGAAGGUGAACUUGGGAGCGAAUAUGAUGACGACGAUGAAGGCGGCUGA